AGCUUUCACGUUGCGGCGGUGGGCGUCCGACCGACUCGCGGGCAGAAUUCGAUCCCCGCUCCGGGGGUGGAGCGACCGAGCCGAGCACAAGUCUCUCGGCGUCUCGACCGUCGUCCCUUCGACGACUGUCGGGGUUCUCUCGUACCACGCUCUGCCAGCUCCCGACAUUCGGAGGCUCAUUCAUUCGAGAUUGCACAGCGGGCCACUCGAAAGCUCGCGUCAGGGAUACAUCAUCCGCACGUUCACUGCCAUGCUGCCUGUACUCUUUUGCAUCGCGCUGCUUUCCCUGUCAGUUUGCGGCGAGGGUGCCGUGAAGCGCUGGCUGCCGGAUACCCGCUGGGAGACUGGCCGCAACUGGCAGGCUGGGAAGCCGCCCUGUGCCGGACAGAGGGCCUCGUUGGGACACGCCCAGGGACUGGCCAUCUACGUCGGAUCGGCGGUGCAGCUCGGGGCGCUGGUAUUCCCGAAGACGGGGCAACUGGUGCUUGACGAAGGCGCCGCGCUCAGCUUCGAGAGCGUCGAGACGGACGGAGACUGCGUGGGAGAGGCCCAGUUCACGGCCCAAGAGCGCGUGCACUGGUACAACCCGGAUCACUGGGCGCUGCGCCAGUCGUCGCAGCUGCUGCCCGAGGCCGUCGAGAACCGGCCGGACACGGCGCCCAGGCCGCCCGCGGUGCCGGACUCCGAGCUCGUGCCCUGCCCCAGCGACUUCGUGAUCUUCGAGGACGAGCGAUUCCGCGUCGACAUGGACGGCCUCAGGCCCAAGGUGCGCGAGGUCCAGAUUGGCGACCGGAUAUAUGGAGGCCCUGAGAUGAACUCACUACUCAGCGGCGACGAAGGAAAAGCGAUGUUCAGUGGCGUUCUGACUAGCGGCUCACCGGACUGCGAAGACCCUCAGGGCUGCUCGUGCGGCAACGACCAGCCCGAGCCGCUGGAGCGAAUCUGCAUACAGCACGCGCCCCGUUGCGCCGAGGAUUUGCCUUGCCAGGACUCCAUCGUUAUGAUAGGAAACUGCUGUCCCAUCUGCGCUUCUGCGUUGCUAAUACAUCCCGGUCCGGGCUUCGUCUUUGACAAUGUUGUCCAGCUCCUCUUCAACGACAUCAUCAAGCCGAAGUAUGGCGGACACGUGCAAGCCUACAUCCACCGUACCUACACCGGACUCAUUCAGAUCAUCACCGUCGAUCUCGGCACCAAGAACAACGGGAUGCCGAUAGCCCCUGGAAAAGCUCACAGCCUUGCCACGGACAUCUACGAGAGGAUAACAGGCGAGGAUGCAGAGCAUUACAGCGUCCUCAGUGCGAGCCUGACCGGGAGUGAAAAGUGGAACACCACGCUGGCUGGCGGAAGCGGUGCAUCGCAAGGAGGCUCCGUGGCUGGUAUAGUGUUUGGAGUACUGUUCACACUGCUCCUGCUCGUUGGCGCCGUCUUCCUGAUCAUUCGGCGCUACGGAUUCAGACACCCCAAGACCUUUUUCAGGGGAAGACCUUUACUGCCGAUGGCUCGUUUCGACGAUGGGCGCAUUGAGCUGGAACUGGGUACCACACCCCACGAUGCCCUGGUGCCAUCAGGGGAUGAGCCCAGCUUCGAGAACCCCUUGGCAGGACCCUUUGAGGCUUUUCCUCAUUAUGGCGCCAGUUACAAGGAGGAACCGGGGACUUUUUCAAACCCGGCAUACGAAGAAGCAAGGAGUGAGAAAAGCGACGAUGAAUCACAGUGAUGAGAAGAAAGACAACCGAUGACAAUGUGCACACAUCUUGGUUUGUCCUGUGGUAAGUUUCCUUUUUACUGAUUUCAUGCUGCAUCCAUUCUUUACUGCCUCCUUAGUCUUUCUAACGUUGUAAUCUUGAAUAUCCCUUAUUUUCUCCUUGUUGAUCAGCUUUGACAGUUCUGCGAAUUCUAUUUGAUCUCAUUAAAGCUAAGCAUAGAGUCAGUCUACUAUUUUGUCAGCCUCUGUGUGCUGGCGGUGACAAGUGAAAGCACCUGCAUUCAGGGUCGUAAAAUUAUUUUUGUCAAUUAUGGCUGUCUUGAUAAACAAGUCUUCCGAAAUUUCGCACCUAAUUUUGUGUAAAUAUUGUCAGCAGAGAUGAAAAGAGUCUAAAUUUCAGUGACUCGCUCUUAGCUUUCAAAGAUGAACAUAAAUAAGUGCUUAUUGUCUUCUAUUCCCCAAGCUCAACAUAGUCUACACAAAGGUAGCCACUACAGAUGCUAACAGAAUACGUUUCAAUUUACAUAUAACACAAGUGGGUAUAACAACUGGUGAUUGAAUCGUGAGGUUUAACACUCCAAAGCAACACAAGAGAACGUAAGAGGUGCCACAGUGGAAGGCUCUGGAUUAUUUUGACCACCCGAGGCUCUGUAAUGUGCAUCUAAAUCUGAGCACACACAAUAUUUUUUUGCAUUCCCACCAUAUAUUACAAUGCAGCCGCCACGGUCAUGUAUUGAAGCUGUGCCUUCGUGCUACGGCAGCAGAAUGCCAGAGCCACUGUGGUGGGUUUAAAAACCAUUUGUAACGAUUGGCAUAUUCAGUACAUUGAAAGCACAUGAAGUAAGCUCGGAUGCUAUGAUACGCUGUCAUAGUGAUCAAAAUAUUUUAUUAUCAUUGUAAGCAGACCGAACUCCAUAUUCA